GCAAGUUUUAACUUGGAAGCAAAAUACGGCCCCUUCAAUUAUACGAUACGACAAUAUUAUCACAGACCCACUCAAACCAUCCAUCCGAUUUUUGAUAAAAUUUUCUUCUUUCACAAUGGCCACCACUCCUCUCUCCGCCCGUCCCACUCGGGCCACCAUCCACGGCGUCUCCGGCCAUUUCCGUCGUCAGCGACAACCACUCACAACUACCACUAAUAAUCACACAAUCAAUAGAAGUCUAUCCAAAACCGAUGGACUGAGUCUCGCCUGCACUCGCAGGACCUCAUCAUUAUUUCGAUUGGUUGUACUUGCUGCCGGCGGUGGCUCCACGGCGGAUGAAUCGUCGUUCGAGAUGUCGGUUGAAACAGCGUUGAAGCUAUUAGGUGUAUCCGAUGGAGCUUCUUUUGAUGAGAUACUUCGAGCUAAGAAUUCUGUUUUGGCGUCUUGUAAAGAUGACCAGGAUUCCAUUGCACAGGUGGAGGCUGCAUAUGAUAUGUUGUUGAUGCAAAGCUUAUCACAAAGGAGAGCAGGGAAAGUUGUAAAUAGUAACAUUCGUUAUGCUGAUGUUAAACCUGUAAAUACUUCUCAAAUGGGAUCAAUGCCUCAGUGGGUACAAGGUGCCUUUAAAAAUCCACUUGUUACAGUAGAAGCCCCAUCUGCUCGUGAUCUGGGAAUUGAAGCAGGAGUUUACGGAGCUCUAGCUGUACUAACUUAUGUUAAUGGCGCCUCUUCUCAAGUCGGUUCCCUUUCAGGUGCUGAUGUUCCUGGGCUUAUUUUGGCAAGUAGUUUUGGAGCUUCAUUAUAUUUCAUGACCAAACGAAAUGUUAAGCUAGGGAAGGCGACAGUGAUAACCAUAGGGGGUCUGGUGGCUGGUGCUGUGGUAGGAUCUGUGGUUGAGAACUGGUUGCAAGUAGAUAUCGUCCCAUUUUUGGGCAUACAUUCUCCUGCAACUGUAAUAAGCGAAUUUGUUCUCAUUUCUCAGUUUUUGGUCUCCCUGUAUUUAAGCUAGUUGAGGUGUAAAGUUGCAAGAUCAAAUUAUGUUGCCUCUUGCAAAAUGGGGCCACCUAGGAUGUGUAUUCAUAUAAUGUACAAAGUGAAUAUGUUAGCACUAAAUCAGCCAAUAACUUCUCUUUCAAAUGUAAUAUUCAUGUAUUAUCAUGCUCCAGAACAUGAAGAUAGUACUAUCUUUGUUAGGUUGAGCUA